GUCAAUGUGACAGAGAAAUGCUCAAACUCGCGAAAAAAUAUUAUAGUAACAGAUUGUGCAGUAAAUCUUCACUGAAAGGAAGACAUUUCCUCACCCCAGACGAUGUAUCUCCUGAUGAGAUGAAAUCAUUAUUGAUGACUUCAAUUGAUCUAAAGAAAUGUCCCGAAUACUUGAAAACUCUUGAAGAAAAACACAUAAUGGUAUUACUCAAUGAGCCGUGCAUGAGGAUUCAAACUUCUUUGCACGAUACCGCGAGUAUGCUUAAUAUGCCAUUAAACGUCCUUAUAAGUAGUGCCUGGACUACUUGUCAGAAUCCUGAAGAUACAGGAAAAUUGUUAUCUUCCGCUGCCGAUAUAAUUUUUUGCCAGUCUGCAAGGCACAGUAAGGUUGAACUUUUUGCAAAAGGAGCCACGACUGUACCCGUCAUAAAUAUAAGCUCUUGUAAAUUUAUAUCUCUAAACAUUUUGUCGGACUUAUUGACCAUUCAUGAGCAUUUUGGUAAACUAGACGGACUUACCAUAGCCUGGGUUGGUCAUCCUUGUGCCCUACUUAAUACAUAUUUAUCAAUUGCUCCUUCAUUGGGCAUUCAAAUGAAUUUUCUUUGCCGAUGUGGGGGUCCCGUAUCCCCUGCUAAUUUAAAUACCCUUCAGAAGCAAGGGAACGUGUAUAGGGAGAAUAUAAGGGAGUGUAAGAGUUUACUUGAGACCAUAUCUGGUGCUCAUGUUAUAACAACGAACCAACAUUCAGAGAAUAACGUCAAGCUUCGAAGAACAUACCUGGAUGAACAUGCCGACAAAAAUUGGGUAUUUUUGCACACUCUUCCUAGAUCUUCAGUGGAAGUAGAUGAAGAAAUUUUCAACAGCAAGAAUAAUUUGCUAUGGAAAUCAUUUGUCAACUCAAAAUGGAUUUGUGCUGCAAUCAUUUCGGAAUUUUUAGACAGUUUCAUCAACCUACUUCAACACUUCUUUGGGUUACUUUUCAUUUCAGGAAAGGGUCGAAACUUAUUCUUGCCUGAGUUGCUUUCAAAAUUCUUGUAUGAACGUCUACUCAUGUCUGUAUAGAAUUUCAGCACUCCAAUGAAAUAAUUAUAUUCCUACUUCCUACUGCAUCCAUCAAACUUCAACUUCAUAUUGACCUUUACCAAAGAAUAAAAAAUAAUAAAGUAGUCCAUAAAUGAAUAAUCUGAAAUGAGUGUCAAAAAUGUAACAAGUAACUCAAGUAACAUUGACGACGAAAUUACAUAUUUCAGAAUGAAAACAAGUGCAUCAAGAUUUUGAACUGAUCAGAAGUAGAAUUCACAAAAACGAAUCAGGAGUUCCAGGCCAGAAACGGAGCACAUUUAGACAAUGUAUUCUUCAGGACACGAAUUUCUAAAAAUGUGCGUACAUUUUGAAAUUAAAUUUGUUGAAAUUAAUGAGCUUGUUUUAUUUAUUUCACUUUAAAAUGUAAU